AUGCCAGAUAUGCUCGAUUGGAGACAAAUCAGGGGAUCAAGCAGACCAGGUUGUUCUCAGCCACAAUACGCCACCCAAGACUUAUUCUUUGCCAUCGAAUAUAAUUCAAGAAAAGGGAAUCAAAAAUCAUUCGUUAUUUUUACAGGAGGCAAGACGUAUGAGUGUGAUGCCAUCCUUCUUUGUACUGGGUAUUUGUACCACUACCCAUUCUUCCAUCCAAAAUGCAAAAUCGAGAUCACAGACCACAAAGUAUCCCCUCUGUACAUGCACCUAUUUCAUAUUAAUUAUUCAACUUUGGCAAUAUGGGGUGUUCCCAAAUUCAUCAUACCUUUUUCGAUUUCUGAUCAGCAAGUCAAGGUGUUUUUGAAAUUUUUGAAAGGAAUUGUGAAACUUCCGAGCAAAGAAGAAAUGAGAGCCGAAGCCGAAAGAGAUUUCUCCAAACGACUCAAAAGCGGUUUCAAACCGAGACACGCUCAUGUUAUGCAAGGUGAUCUUCAGUGGGAAUAUGAUGACAAGUUGAGUGAGUUGGGUAAAAUAAAACCAAUUCCUGAUGUUAUGAGAAAGUUGUUCAAACACGUUCAUUCUAGGAGAAUUCAAGAUGGUUUAAAUUAUAAGAAACUUAAUUAUAAAAUAAUUGAUGACCGAACAUUUAUAGAAAUUGCAUAAAUAAAUAGUUAUUUGUAUGAGAAAGAA